UACCAUAGAGCUAAAUAAAAUUAUACUUAUAUUAUGUAGGUACAUAUGUGCAUACCGCCUAAUAUUACUAUAAAGCUACACUUCAAUUAUUGUACGAGGCUGUCUUUGUAAUUUAUUAAGUGUGAAAAUUAAAGAACAAAAACAUCGGUUAUAUGCAUAAAAAUGAUGAAACUCGUUGAUCAAGUUGUCCGAAGCUUUAAAGUUGCCAAAGUAUUCCGUGAAAAUACAGACAAAAUUAACAGUAUAGAUUUUUCUCCUAAUGGGGAGACAUUGAUUUCAUGUAGCGAAGAUGAUCAAAUCGUUAUAUACGAUUGUGAAAAAGGAACACAAAUGAUUACGGUCAACAGUAAAAAAUACGGGGUCGAUUUGAUACAUUUUACACAUGCCAAAAACACUGCAAUUCACAGUUCCACCAAAGUAGACGACACAAUACGGUAUUUAUCCCUUCACGAUAACAAGUACAUUAGAUAUUUCCCAGGGCAUACAAAAAAAGUUGUGACAAUGUGUUUAUCCCCGGUUGAAGACACAUUUUUAUCUGGAUCAUUAGACAAAACAUUACGACUGUGGGAUCUUCGGUCGCCUAAUUGUCAGGGACUAAUGCAUUUAUCUGGAAGACCUGUUGCAGCUUAUGACCCUGAAGGUCUCAUAUUUGCAGCUGGCGUUAAUUCCGAGAGCAUCAAGCUUUAUGAUUUGAGGUCUUUUGACAAGGGCCCCUUUGUCACAUUUAAAUUAAACCAAGAAAAGGAAUGUGAUUGGACAGGUUUGAAAUUUUCCCGUGAUGGCAAAACUAUGUUAAUAAGUACCAAUGGGUCAAUAAUUCGUUUGGUGGAUGCAUAUCAUGGAACUCCACUUCAAACCUUCACUGGACACUUAAACAACAAAGGGAUACCUAUAGAAGCAUCUUUUAGUCCUGAUUCCCAGUACAUCUUCAGUGGUUCAACAGAUGGUCGUGUUCAUGUCUGGAAUGCUGAUACUGGUUACAAAGUAUGUGUCUUGAAUGGUGAUCAUCCAGCACCUAUACAAUGCGUACAGUUCAAUCCUAAGUUCAUGAUGCUGGCAUCAGCAUGUACAAAUAUGGCAUUCUGGUUACCCACAAUUGAUGAUGUUUAAUUCUUUAUAUAGAAAAAGUAGACCAAUACUUUGAAUAAUUCCUCCAAGUACCUAAUCAAUUUUAAUGUAUAUUGUAAUGUAUUACUUUUUUGACCAUUUAUAAACCUAAGUUAUGUAGUAAGUGUCAUAAACAAAAAAAUACUAUUUGUUUUAUUAAAAAUGAGGUUUAAUAUUAUGCUCUUACUCUUAGAUUAGUAAAUAGUUGUUUAUGUGGAUGCAUACAAUAAAAGUCACUUAGACACUA